UGUGUCCUCAAACCGGUUUAAAAAUUCCCGCAUAUUUUAACUAACAACUAUCACCCCCACCCCCUUCUCUCUCCACCACCCCUUUUCAGUUUUCACACCAAAAUCUAGUCUCCGCCGCCGCAAUGCUCCCGUACGCCACCCUGGACGAGGCAGCGGCGGCGCUAGGAAGGAAUCUGACAGUAGCAGAGACGUUAUGGUUCAAUUACUCUGCAAAAAAGUCAGAUUAUUAUCUUUAUUGCCAUAACAUCUUGUUUCUUUUUCUGAUCUUCUCUGUCGUGCCUUUACCCGUGGUUUUCAUAAGUCUAUGGCGAUCUAGUGGGUUUGAUAAGUACAAGAUUCAGCCUAAAGUCAAGCUGUCUCCUUCUGAGACUUUCAAGUGUUACAAGGAUGUUAUGUUUAUGUUCUUUUUUGUCGUGGGGCCUUUACAGUUGGUUUCUUAUCCAUCUGUCAAGUUGAUAGGGAUUCGAACAAGUUUGCCAUUGCCUUCCGGAUGGGAAGUCUUUCUACAGUUGGUGGUGUAUUUCAUGGUGGAAGACUUUACCAAUUACUGGAUCCACAGAUUUCUCCAUGGUAAAUGGGGAUACGAGAAAAUCCACAAAGUUCACCAUGAAUAUACAGCUCCUAUUGGGUUUGCUGCCCCAUAUGCACACUGGGCCGAAGUUUUGAUCCUCGGAAUUCCAUCUUUUCUUGGUCCAGCUAUGGUUCCUGGGCACAUGAUCACAUUUUGGCUUUGGAUUGCUUUACGGCAGAUUGAGGCGAUUGAGACGCACAGCGGAUACGACUUUCCCUGGACUCCCACAAAAUAUAUUCCAUUUUAUGGUGGUGCAGACUACCAUGAUUACCAUCAUUAUGUUGGAGGACAAAGCCAGAGCAACUUUGCAUCGGUGUUCACAUACUGUGAUUUUAUUUAUGGAACUGACAAGGGCUAUCGGUUUCAGAAGAAGCUUCUUUGGAAGUUGAAAAAGGGAGUGGAAAACGGUGUUGAGCAGAAUGGAGGUUCCUACUAUGUUCCUACACAAGAUCUUAAAUCUGACUAGCUGUCGAACAGCAGAACUCUUAUUCAAGAAAACCUACCAUUUCAAGCUGACGUUGUCCAUAUGCUAGUCCGGUUACUUUCAAGUUGUUAGUGUUUCAGGUGGAUAUGAUUUCAUGUUUUCUGUAACUUGAGGAGGGGAGUUUUAGCGUUGAAUGUUGUCAAGUUUCAGAAUGUGGGGUUUUCUUUAAUUGAAAAGCUGCUGGAUACAAUGUCUUGCAACUUCAGAUUUU